AAACACAGUGUACCUUCAAAUUAAUGUCCAUGGAGAGUCAAGUCAGGAGCAUGUCCGAGGCAAUGGAUUUGAGACCCGAUUGGAGCGAUCUUCCGUCAGAACUCUGGCCGAAGAUCGCCAAAUCUCUCCACAAUCACGUCGAUCUUGUUAGAUUUCGCAGCGUCUGCAAGUCAUGGCGAUCCUCGAUCCCUUCCUCUCUCCCUAACUCUCCUUCUUUAUUCCCUUUCCAGAUCCCCCAUCCCAUCAAUCCCUCCAAGUUCGUUUUUCUCUCUCAGUCCACUAUUUAUCGAAUCGAAUCACCCCACCAACCCUCAUCUUCUCACAAAGGCUGGUUAAUCAAACUAGAAGGACAAUCAAAUCCCUCACAAUCUCAUGCUCUUCGUCUCCUAAACCCACUUUCCGACCGAAAAAUCUCGAAAUCGCGCAUCUCUUCCCGGAGAAUAUUGAAUCUGCUGGACUAUCGGGCGGUGGAGUUAUACAAAUCAUAUAGCCUCCAGGAGUGCGGAUUUCCUAUAAAGAAAGUCGUGUUCUUCCCGACCUCGUGUUGGUCUGACGUGAAUGAUUCUGUGGCCUGCUGUAUCUAUCAGGAGGGUAAGUUGGCGUUGUUCAAACGAGGAGACAACCAAUGGAGACUCGUUGAUGAUUUGAAUUAUUACUACGAUGAUGUUAUUGUGUAUAAAGGUCAGCUUUAUGUGACAGAUAGGUGGGGUACCAUAUCAUGGAUCGACACAUCCUCGUUGAAGUUGAUCCAAUAUUCGCCUCCCUUGUGUGGUUUUGGACACAAGAAGCAUUUGGUUGAGUCAUGUGGGAACCUUUUUGUUGUUGAUAGGUACUAUGAUAGUGAACCCAGGAGACCAUAUUAUGAAGCUUCGGUUGUGAACUUUAAGGUUUAUAGAUUGGAUGAAGAGUGGGGGACAUGGGUGGAUGUGAAGGAUUUGGAAGACAGAGUGUUUAUAUUGGGAAAUAGCUGUAACUUGUCUGUUUCCGCUAAUGACUUUGCUGGGUAUGCAGGAAACUGCAUUUUCUUCAUUGAUAUUUUUGAUGUUCGAGUGUACAACCUAGGUGAUGGUAGCACCAUGACCUUGGAACUUGAUCCAUGUACUUCAAAACUGUUUUGGCCUCCCCCUUCUUGGCUCAGAAUCUAAGCACAAAGCCAAUCUUAAAAAUAUUCGACUCGUCCAAGAUGGACUUGAUGAUUCAUGACGUUUCUGCAUAUUGUGGGGAGUCCAAUCUGACCGUGCUAUGGUAUCGUGCGUUAGUUGUGCUUAGAAAAUGAAGGCGCAAGCUGUGAGAAAUUAAGGUCAUUCAACUUCAAGCUUCUGGAUGAUACAACUACGUAGCUGGAUUCAGCCACUGUCAAAUAGGACCAUGUUGCCAAAAUAAGGGUGGGUGCGUGAGUCCCCCUCCUGUAAAAGGGGCACCUCUCAUGAAUCCCCAUCGAGAGAGAAAGGUGCUCUGUUUAUUAUCCUCUUAAUUUUUUAAAUAGGAUUGUCUCUUAUACUUAACCAAAAAAACAAAAAAGUCAAAUUGUCUAAAAAAAAAAAAGCCGCAGCGUGACAUUAUUUUUAUUUUUCGGUCGGCAGUUAAACUGCCGAAUAUGUUUUGAUUUACUUCUUAUUGAUAAUCUCUUUCCAUCUACUCAAUGUAUAGCUAUUUUUUUCAGUA